CACUUUUUCACACAGGGCCAUGCCAGACAGCUCCUGGAGCAAGAGUACAACUCCCUCAUCUCCAUGGGGACUGAGAGACGACCUGAUGAGGAUGGAACGAAGACGUUCACCCGCUCACCCUCCUGGAGGAAGAUGUUUAGGGAGAAAGACCUACGGGGCGUGACCUCUGACUCCGCCGAGACCCUGCCUGCUAACUUCCGUGCCUCAGCCAUCUCCACGCCCUCCGUUACCCUGAGAAAGGUUCAGAGUGAUGCCAACUCUGGUGCCCGGGGUGAGUCUGCCUCAGUGAGGACGUACUCCUGUUGAGGGACUGAGGGCGCUGACCGGAUUGGGACUAGAGGACCCUCUCGCUCAUCCACGGAGAAAGAAGCAAUGAAUAUAACCAUUUAACUUAAAAAUAAAUCUAUCGGUCUGA